AUGUUGAAAUUUUUAAGACAAAGUAGAACAUUUUUAAAUGCCAAGGAACCCUGUUGUAUUGUGCUGGGUAAUGAAUCGUGUGAUCUCGAUUCUGCUGUAUCUGCUGUCUCCUUGGCAUAUUUCUAUCAACAAAGUAAAGUGAUACCAACAAAUUGUGAAACCAAUACUAAAUUCCUGCCCAUUUUAAACAUACCCCGAAGGGAUUAUCCGCUGAAAACCGAAGUCCAUUAUCUCUUCAAACAAUAUGCCAUUAGCGAAGAUUUACUUACCUUUAGAGAUGAAUUGAGUGAAGAAUUUUUACAGAACAAUAAAUUGGUCUUGGUUGAUCAUCAUGUAAGUGCCUUGUGGAAAAAUGCAGUAGCUAUUUACGAUCAUCGUCCCAGAGAUGUUAUGGCAAAGGUGGCGGAUGAUUGUAAUGUGAAUUUACAUGUUGUGGGCUCUUGUGCCACACUGAUUAGUGAAUUGUUUAUACAAAACAAGUUCCUUGGAGAGGACGAGCAAAUUGCAUUGGAACUGUUACGUAGUACAAUUGUUUUGGACACGGUAAAUUUCUCUGCAGAAGCAGCAAGGGCAACACCAAAAGAUAUUGAAAUAUGUUCAAUUUUAGAAGAUUAUCUUAAAGCAAUGGACAAUUCGUUGAUAGCACGAAAUGAAUUAUUUAAUGAUUUAGUCAGGGCCCGGUCAGAUGUCAGUGCCCUGACACCAGCUCAGCUAUUGAGAAAAGAUCUUAAGCUACUUGCAAAUGAUAAGGCGGGGAAAUUUAAAAUUGCCUUGCCAGGAUUUCCAUUGCCGGUACAGAAAUUUAUUGAAAAACCAAAUGCUGCCGAAGAUCUCCAACAAUUUGCCAAAGAAAAUGCAUGCGGUAUUAUUUUGUUAAUGGGUAUGUUUGUCGAUGCCACAGAUAACAGUGUACAUCGUGAUUUGGGUCUAAUAAAUAUCAAUGGAAACCGCCAACUUUACUCGCUCAUAAAAGAGACACUUGAAACAUCCAAGGAACCUAAUUUAGCAUUGCAUUUGCAUCAGGAUUGUACAUUUAUGCAGGGUGUAUUUUAUCGUCAGGAUAAUAUUAAAGCAACACGAAAACAUAUUCUACCCAUUGUUAAGAAUAUUUUGGAUAAUUUUGAAAAUUGA